AUGCCUUCGUACCCUUUCGAAAACCCGCGUCUCGUCGUUCUCGGCCUCGCACUCGUAGGCGCCCUCUGGAUCCUCCUCGCACCGGGCAAUGGCGGCGCUUCCCUCUUUUCCGCGUCCGAUCUCGCAAUCCAGCGCCUGCGGAGGCAUCAGCAGGCGCUCGACCUGCUUAACACCUCGAAAUGGGGAGACUUCGCCCCGCGCCAGAACGGCUCGGCCGCUGACCCGCUACCCAGGUCUCUCAACCUCACGGGGUUCCGCGUUGAAGACGGGUUUGCGUGGGACGACCUCGAGCGGUUUCAGGAGCGAUGCCUGGAGUGGAGCCACAAUGCGAUCCCGCCCGUCGGGGGUGUGAACCUGUGGGAUAUUGGCGAGGGGGAGGCUGUUUGGCAGAACGCAACGGGCGCCGUCAAGGGGACGUGGGUGCGCAAGGAGACCAUGUCGAAGAGGGAGUGGACGAGCUACAACCUGAGCGCCAUCACGCCAAGUUUGUAUUGGAGCGGCUCGCAGUCGGAGUGGGCGAGGAACAUCACGGGCGACCAAGGCAAGAUCCUGAUGGAUCUGAUCGACACAGGAAAAUACGGGAAGGAGAUUUCUUACCAGGGCGUCGUCGAGGACGGCGUCGCCUCGUCGGGGGGCAAGGUCCGCAGCGCCAAGGCUUCUGUCACCAUCGAGGAUGUAAAGGGCAGUGGUGUCAACUGGGAGAUGCGGCUGCAUGGCGUUCAAUGGCCUCGCCAGGGGACCAUCCUGCUGACCACCACGAGCGAGAAGUUUGACGGGAUCUUUGGCCUACCGCAUCUCACGCCGAGUUCCGACUUCUUCCAGUCGAGCCAGCGUCUCCUUAACCAGACGCUGGCCGAGGUCCUGCGGAGGAAAGAGAAGGAGGUGUUCAACGACGGCGUGAUGCCGUGGACAUCGGACCUGACCAACCCACCGGACACGCUCAACCCGACGCCGCAUUGCGAGUAUAUCAUGUAUGCCCAGGUGCAUCCUCCGGACAGGAGCCGCUUGGAUAUGAAAGGGUUCCGCCCGACCAGAGAGGGCAUGGCGAAGAUCAUCAGCGACAUUGAGCAGGAACUCCGCUUUCCCGAGGGCGCGCCGAUCCGGGGUGUUCCGGAACUGCAGCUGUCGGCCAUCAUCUGGUCUCCCGAUUGUGCCUUCUUUCUCGAGACGAAGGGGCCCCCGGACUUCGUGUCCGCGGACGGACAGCAUCUGCAAGGCAUGAAGACGGAGAUCAUCUACCACAAGAUCAGGAUAUGGAUCCUCCUGUUCACUGUGGUAAUCCUCGGCCAAGCGCUGCUGCUUAAGCACCAGAUGAAGGAGUCGGCGACGCCAUCGACCAUGGGUCGCAUUAGCUACUCGACGAUCAGCAUGAUGGUCAUGGUGGACGGCGGUAUCUUCGCCGCGGCAUCCAUGUGGGCGCUGGACGCCAGCAUUACGUAUCUGGAGUCGCUGUCGCUCCUCUUUGCCGCGUUUCUGUCCAUGUCGCUGGGCGGGUUCUUCCUGGCGGAAAUCCACAAGGUACAGGAACCCGAGAACAGGCGGCGGGCCGAGAGAGAACAGAACGCCAGCAAUGAGACGCCGCGCACACCGGCCACGCCCGCGCCGACGGCGGAAGCCGACUCCCUCCCGCAGCCGGUCACCGCAGGGCCCCGCAGGAGAGCGCCGUCGCCCCCAGUCAUCGUACCCUUUGACCAAGACAUCGACGCUGAAAUAGCAGACGCCGCGAGCGGUGCGGCAGCAGUGCCGACAGCGGGCACGGGGGCCGGCGGCGGCCACCGGAUCGGGCCGGAGGUCACGUUCCAGGCGGUCAUCUUCCGCUUCGCCAUGAUCGUCUCGCUGAUCCUCCUCGUCUCGAUCGCGUCGACGUCCUGGUACCCGCGCGUGCGCAAUUUCUUUGUCAACAGCGUGGCCAUGGUAUACUUCUCUUUCUGGGUGCCGCAGAUACACCGCAACAUUGUGCGCAACUGCCGGCGCGCGUUGACUUGGCAGUUCAUGAUUGGCCAGUCGGUGCUGCGGCUGCUCCCCUUUGCCUACUUUUACGUCUACGAUGACAACUUUCUCUUCGCCGAGACGGAUCGCCGCGCGUUCCUCGUCUUCUGCGCCUGGCUCUGGGUGCAGCUCUGGGUCCUGGCGUUCCAGUAUGUGCUCGGCCCGCGGUUCGGCAUCCCCAAGAGCUGGACGCCCGACGCGUGGGACUACCACCCUGUUCUUCGCGAGGACGGCGUCGAGUCGGGCGGGCUGCCGAUCGGCCUGCUGUCAGAGCCUGGGUCACCGUCCCUCGACCGGGUCCAGUCGGGCGAGAACAGGGACGGGAAGGGCAGCAGCAACCUGCGGGCGAUCGACUGCGCCAUCUGCCGCGAGGUGCUCGAGGUGCCCGUCAUGCGGGCCGGCGAGGAGGACCCGACAGCGGGCGGCGUCGUCGGCGUCUUCACGCGGAGGAACUAUAUGGUUACGCCGUGCCGGCACAUCUUUCACAGCGCCUGCCUGGAGGGUUGGAUGCGGUUCAGGCUACAGUGUCCCAUUUGUCGGGAGGAGUUGCCUCCCCUGUAG